CAAGGCUCGUGGGAUCCUAGACCUUCUUCUUCGACACCUGUUGCUAGUCCUGGUACCGCAUUGUGGCCGGCACCCGGCUCAGCUGCUAGGGCUUCAUCAAGUAGUGUGCCCAUGAUGUCCAUGAAUCAAGAUGAAACAUCCAGGCAUUGGUCGUUCACUGCUUUUGAAUGGGUUGUGAGAGAUGUGAGGAAGCUGAGAGACUUUGUGGAACGCGGACCGCCUCAGGCGAAGGACGCAGAAGGGAGUAACGAGAAUGCUGAAACGGAACUUCGCGACAGCUUCGAGAUUUUGAAUGAGUCGCCCAUGCUUGGAGAUGGCAAGUUCAAGCUCGAGAUAGGUGCGUUCAUGCCUCACGACUCGAUAACCCCAACAUUAUCGCUCUACGUGACAUGCUUGAUGCUCGACUAUGCAAAUGCAGAGUAUGAAUUAUCUGCUUCCAUCCUAGCCGCCAUCAAAUGUCAAGAUGAUCGUGUUGGUGAGCGACGAGCUCGUGCGAACUGGAUAUGGGAGAACUGGCAAAAUGAGUGGGCAUUCAGGCAAGAGAAUGAAGUUUGGGAAUACCCUUUGCCCUCUCUGACGACGCUUCUAGAAAAUCCUAGAAUAGAUCAGACCGACUCAUUUGUGAUUUGCAUUCAGAUCCACACUCCUGUUGGCCCGUUUUUCCCUCAACACCCUUCCGCCUAUUACGUUCCCCGUGACCUUCUUGAUGGGUUGGAAUCGUCUCUGGACAAUUCGAAUACUGGUGAUGUCCAAUUUGUAUGUUUGGAGCGCAUGCCACAAGAUCUGCGACAAGCGCAUAGCAGUGUGUCCCCAUCUCCGUCGGCACACAGCCUUCGCUCGUCCGCGUCUUCCUCUUAUUCUCCCUUUCAAUCUCACUCAACUGUCCGGAAACGCAUCAUCUAUGCGCACUCCGACAUCAUAACUCGCCGCUCUGAUUACUUCUCUACCAUGCUAUCUUCGUCUUUCUCUGAGAAUAUGGCAACAAGUGAACGAAAGAUAUAUGUUAUCACUGUAGAAGAGGCCGACUUUGUCACAAUCUACUGGCUACUCAAGUGGGUUUAUGCAGAUUGGGUUCUGUUUACAGAGAACGACGACCCAAGAGCUGCUGUAGAUGGAGUUGGCGCCGGUUGGAGUGCAAGAUGGUUGAAUGCGCGCAAUGUGAUCGGAGAAUGGGACUGGAAAACGUUCAGUAAGACCGGUUCUGCUGACGAGCUCAGUGUCAGCGGUAGGGAUGAAGUCAGGAGCGCAGCCAGUGGAGAAAGUGCAAGGUCAGUCGGUGAGGGCCGGGAGCCAAUAGAUGAUAAGGGCAAACAGACCCUCCGGGUCAACGUCUCAUCUUCCAGCUCAUCAAUGCGAUCGACUCCUCAGCGACCUGCGCCCUCUGGAAAGACUCCUCAAAGCUCGCCAUCUGCGUCACGUUCUGGCAACUCAAUUUCUCGUCGCGGAGGGGCACCGAUCCCCAUCGCCAUUCCCAAUCAAUCUUCGUCCAGUCGCUCGAAAACUGCACCUCUCCCAAUCCCGGUUAGUGCUCCGCACUAUCCACUCUCUCCUCGCAAUCAACGACAACAUGUCCACACAUCGGGAGUGCCAUCGAUCCCUGAUCCUCAUGCCCAUCCGACUCCAGCUCCCCCUCCCGCUUCCGCUUUGUCCAUGUAUCAGAUUGCCCAUCGGUAUGGUAUGCCUGGCCUGGCCUCAUUGGCAUUGGAACAUAUAAUGUCUACUAUCACACCGCAAACGAGCUUUGCAUUGCUGUUGGCGACUUCUGUAUGGGAGGAGCUCCAUUCUCUAAUCGAGGAUUAUGUCGUUGAGAAAUGGGAGGAAGUAUCCGUAUCGGGAGAAUUCGAGAGAUGCUGCGAGGAGGUCGCUUCUGGAGAAUGGGGCCCCGACGGUGGCAAGACUCUGAUGACUCUGUUCAGACGAUUGCGCUCGCCAACCGCCUUUCCUUACUCUCGCAAUUGAUUAGCAAAAUGAAAGCGUACAGACAGCGCCAUGGACUACUCUCUAUAUGUAUUCUCUAGCUUUCGUCAUGAUGUUUCUAGCUGUUUGUAGACAAUAUUCUUGUAAUACCAACUCUUCCUGUC